UUCAAAUUCCCAACCCAAUCCUCUGAAGCACCGUUUACAGAAAACGCCCUUCAUUGAAUUGACAUUCAAAACCCCAAAAUCUACAAUAAAGGUGAACGAGUUUGUGGAAAAUAAAAAACUUCAAUCUUUUGUCGUCGAAUCUCUCACCUAUUCUCGUCCUCGAUCUGAUAACAGUAAUUCGAAAAUGGUGUACUCGUACACGCCCGCUUACUACUCCACCCUCCAAGACUCCAUUACGUCUCUGUGCAAGACCAUCCUCCCUUUCAGCUUCAAGAAACGGUGCUUGCCGGCGUCGGAGCUGAAGCUGUCGAAGCUGCAAUCCGACAACCUCAAAUGGCAGCAAGACUCUUUCCACCAGAUUCUCAAUCUCAUGGGUCUUCACAAAGAAGGGAUUGUAGUUGAAUCCGAGGUUGUCUCUUUCAGAACAAAUUUGCUCGAGAAACUCAUCGCUUCUCCGCCAGAUCAUGAACACCCUGUCGUGUUAAGGGAUAAAUUACUCUUCUUGCAGGAGCUUCUUUAUGCGAAAUGCAUUUCUGAGGAAGAGUACCAUUCUUCGAAGAGGCCGUUGCUUCAGAGAUUGGCAGUUCAAGGGGCUGAGAUUGAAGCCAGAGAUGUGAUCGUUGGAGGAUCGAAGGACACGAAGGAGAAUUCAGAAGAAGAAUGGUCAGUGAUUGACUUGAAGGACGAACAAUCCUUUAAAGAGAACAUAAACUCAAAGAACAAAUCAAAGAAUAUUAAAGGAUCAGCCUCUGUUUUCGGCUUCAUGUCUGCUUACAAAUCUGGAAACAACAGAACAGAGAAGAGCAUAUUUGAAUCGGCUUCUUUGGGUAUGGAUUCAAAGGGAAAACAAAGCUCGAUUCUCAUGGAGGAAAGUGGACCUCCAGAACCCAUGAAGGAAAGCUCUGGUGCAGCAGAAAAGCUGAAGAGGAAGCCAUUCAAGAGUCUGUUCCAGAAGGACCAGAAAGAGGGAAAUGAAGCAGCAAUAAAGCAUCAAUGGGGUUUUGAUGGGUUCAAAAAAUGGAAGAAGAGUGAAUCAGGAGAUGAAACAGCGUCGUCUCAAGCUAAUAAUACCAUAAGAACUCUUAGAGAAGGACCAGACACCAAGUUGAUUAAGAAGAAGCUGCAUUCUGAUGGCUCACCAUCUGAUUUUUUCAUAGAUAAGGUUUUGGGGGAGAAGAUAAAGAAAGAACUGUCAAGAAUCCAGGCAGAACUGAGCACUACAAACCGAAGUCUUCAAUUUUCGAAUGAUCAAAUGGAAGAAAUUUCUACAAAACUUCCAGUGGACAAGGCCGAGUUGAAAAACUACUUUCCAAAGUCUUGGUGUGAAAAAUAUGGAGAUGUAGUGCUGGAAGUGGUGAAGAAAGAAUUCAAAGAGCAUGUUGGAGAAAUGGAAAACAUGAGAAGCAAUGCUAGAGAGAAGCACAGCAACAACAGAUCAAAGCGUUGGGCAACCUUUGAUGAAGAUGGAGAAAAUUUUCACCCAAAUCUUUUUGCUCAUCCUCAUCAACAUCAUAGUAAUAAUAAUAAUAUCAACCCAUUUGGAAGCAGUACCAUCAAUCCAUUUUCUCAUAGUAAGUGGAAUUGAUUAAGCAUUGAUGCCUCAAUGAAUUAUAGGGUAAAUGUGUAUUCUUGCUGUUGAAAUAUUCUUCGAGAAGCACUCAAUACCCUUAACCUAUUAGAUAGAGUAUUUUUGUCCUUGUCAUUAAAUUGUCAUUAAAUUCUUUAAUAGUUAAUUUUAGAAUAUCAAUUAGCAUUUUCUAACAGUCAAUAUUGAAAAUUUGAUGAUAAGGGCAAAAAAUAAUCCGUUUUAAUUUCUUCAAAAAUACUCCUUAGAGAAUAUUUUAAAAACAAAAAUAUACAUUUACUCAUGAAUUAUGGCAAGCUUGCCUUGUAACCAUAAUAUCUUCGUGUUCAUGUUUAGUAGGCCCACCCAAAAGGAAUUGUGAUUAAUUG